UUAUGUACUUUCUUUUUUAGGUUAAUCACUUCGUUUGUAAAGGACUUUAACAUUCCUGGGAACGUCCCCUUUCACCUUUGCUCAGAAGGAAUCUCUGAGUCCGUGGGUUAGCUCCUGAAGAAGUGCUUCACGGGGGCCACAUAUAGAUGCUUUCAUGAAGAGGGGUGAAAAACCAGAAGGGUACAGACAGAUGAGGCCUAAGACCUUUCCUGCCAGUAACUACCCUGGCAGCAGCCGGCAGAUGCUGCAGGAGAUCCGAGAAUCCCUGAGGAAUUUAUCCAAACCAUCUGAUGCUGCAAAGGCCGAGCAUGACCUGAACAAGAUGUCGACUGAAGAUCCCAGGCAAGUGAGAAACCCACCCAAAUUUGGCACACACCAUAAAGCCUUGCAAGAAAUUCGAAACUCUCUGCUACCAUUCGCAAAUGAAACGAGUUCUUCCCGGAGCCCUUCAGAAGUCAACCCACAGAUGUUUCAGGAUUUGCAGGCUGCUGGCUUUGAUGAGGACAUGGUUAUUCAAGCUCUUCAGAAAACUAAUAACAGAAGCAUAGAAGCAGCUGUUGAAUUUAUUAGUAAAAUGAGUUACCAAGAUCCUCGUCGAGAGCAGAUGGCUGCAGCGGCUGCCAGACCUAUUAAUGCCAGCAUGAAACCAGGAAACGUGCAACAAUCAAUUAAUCGAAAACAAAGCUGGAAAGGUUCUAAAGAGUCUUUGGUUCCUCAGAGACAUGGCCCACCUCUAGGAGAAAAUGUGGUCUAUCGUUCUGAAAGCCCCAACUCACAGGCAGAUGUAGGAAGACCCCUGUCUGGAUCUGGCAUUACAGCAUUUACUCAAGCUCACCCAAGCAAUGGACAGAGAGUGAAUCCCCCACCACCACCUCAAGUUAGAAGUGUUACUCCUCCACCACCUCCAAGAGGCCAGACUCCCCCUCCACGAGGCACAACUCCACCUCCCCCCUCAUGGGAACCAAACUCUCAGACAAAGCGUUAUUCUGGGAGCAUGGAAUACGUAAUCUCCCGAAUCUCUCCUGUUCCACCUGGGGCAUGGCAGGAGGGCUACCCUCCAGCACCUCUUAACACUUCUCCCAUGAAUCCUCCUAACCAGGGACAGAGAGGCAUUAAUUCUGUUCCAGUUGGCAGACAACCAAUCAUCAUGCAAAGUACUAACAAAUUUAACUUUCCACCAGGGAGACCUGGAGUUCCAAAUGGUGGUGGUCAGACCGAUUUUAUCAUGCACCAAAAUGUUGUCCCUGCUGGUGCUAUGAAUCGACAGCCACCACCUCCAUACCCCCUCACCCCAACUAAUGGACAAAGCCCUUCUGCUUUACAAACAGGGGGAUCUGCUGCUCCUCCAUCCUAUGCAAAUGGAAAUAUUCCUCAAUCAAUGAUGGUGCCAAACAGGAACAGUCAUAACAUGGAGCUUUAUAAUAUUAAUGUACCUGGACUGCAAACAACUUGGCCCCAGUCAUCUUCUGCUCCUGUCCAAUCAUCCCCAAGCAGUGGGCAUGAAAUUCCUACAUGGCAACCUAACAUACCAGUGAGGUCAAAUUCUUUUAAUAACCCAUUAGGAAGUAGACCAAGUCACUCUGCUAAUUCUCAGCCUUCAGCCACUACAGUCACUGCGAUCACACCAGCUCCUAUUCAGCAGCCUGUGAAAAGCAUGCGUGUCUUGAAACCAGAGCUGCAGACUGCUUUAGCCCCUACCCAUCCUUCUUGGAUGCCACAGCCAAUUCAGACUGUUCAGCCUACCCCUUUUCCUGAGGGUACAGCUUCAAAUGUGCCUGUCAUUCCACCCGUUGCUGAAGCUCCAAGCUAUCAAGGUCCACCACCACCUUAUCCAAAACAUCUGCUACACCAAAACCCAUCUGUCCCUCCAUAUGAGUCACUAAGUAAACCAUGCAAAGAUGAUCAGCCUAGCUUACCCAAGGACGAUGAUGGUGAGAAAAGUUUGGAAAAUGUUGAUAGUGGGGAUAAAGAAAAGAAACAGAUUACAACUUCACCUAUCACUGUUAGGAAAAACAAGAAAGAUGAAGAACGAAGAGAAUCUCGUAUUCAGAGUUACUCCCCUCAGGCAUUUAAAUUCUUUAUGGAGCAACACGUGGAAAAUGUCCUGAAAUCUCAUCAGCAGCGUCUGCAUCGGAAGAAACAGUUAGAAAAUGAAAUGAUGCGGGUUGGAUUGUCUCAAGAUGCCCAGGAUCAAAUGAGAAAGAUGCUUUGCCAGAAAGAGUCUAACUAUAUUCGUCUUAAAAGGGCUAAAAUGGACAAGUCUAUGUUUGUGAAGAUAAAGACACUAGGAAUAGGAGCGUUUGGUGAAGUCUGUCUAGCAAGAAAAGUCGAUACUAAAGCUUUGUAUGCAACAAAAACUCUGCGAAAGAAAGAUGUUCUACUUCGAAAUCAAGUUGCUCAUGUUAAAGCCGAGAGAGAUAUUCUGGCUGAAGCUGACAAUGAAUGGGUGGUUCGCUUGUAUUACUCAUUCCAGGAUAAGGACAAUUUGUACUUUGUGAUGGACUACAUUCCUGGGGGUGAUAUGAUGAGCCUAUUAAUUAGAAUGGGCAUCUUUCCAGAAAAUCUGGCACGAUUCUAUAUAGCAGAACUUACCUGUGCAGUUGAAAGUGUUCAUAAAAUGGGUUUUAUUCAUAGAGACAUUAAACCUGAUAACAUUUUGAUUGACCGAGAUGGCCAUAUUAAAUUGACUGACUUUGGUCUGUGCACUGGCUUCCGAUGGACACAUGAUUCCAAGUACUACCAGAGUGGGGAUCAUCCACGGCAAGAUAGCAUGGAUUUCAGUAAUGAAUGGGGAGAUCCCUCCAACUGUCGGUGUGGAGACAGACUAAAGCCACUAGAACGGAGAGCUGCACGCCAGCACCAGCGGUGUCUAGCACAUUCUUUGGUUGGGACUCCCAAUUAUAUUGCACCUUAUUUUAUUUUAUUAAAUAAUUUAUUUAACUUUACCUUAUUGCAUUGAUAUAAAGGUGUUAGAUUCCUGUAGUUACAGUUGUGAGCCAUGUGGUUGCUGGGCAUUGGACCCAGGUCUUAUGAAAGAACAGCCGGUACUCUUAACCACUGAGCCAUCUCUCCAGCCCUCAAAAUGUUGUGUUUUAAAGUAUUUCAGAUUUUGAAUUUUUUGAAUUAGGAAUGGUCAACCUAUUUAAACUUAGCGUGGUGGUACAUACCUUUAAUCUCAACACUUGGGAAGCAGAGGUAGAUCUCUGUGAGUUCCAGGUCA